GGUAAAUCAAGGCGAUCCGUCGAUUUCCAUUUUCGCCCGAGUGCAGAUAGUCGCCUGUUUUCCGCCGCUACGAGAAAAUAAACUCGUUAAAAGGAGUCGCCGUUAUUAAUUACGUAUCCAUCCGGCGGAGGAUACGGCUAUAAUGGGUGUUUUUCACGGAAAUGGACUUUGUAGCUGUUUACAUUCGUGCAGAUUCUGAUUUAAGAAAAAAAAAAAUCAACACAUCCUGUCUCGCGCAAGCUAAAGCUAGUUCACGCCACUGACUGUCCGGUGCUAUAAACGAGGGGAUAUACAAGCAAUCUCACUGGGGGRAAAGUCCUGAACAGCAAACAUGUCUGGGGCGUCCGUAAAAGUCGCCGUUCGAGUGCGUCCCUUCAACUCCCGGGAGACGAGCAAGGAGUCCAAAUGUAUCAUUCAGAUGCAAGGCAACACUACAACCAUCCUCAACCCCAAAGCCCCAAAGGAACCAGCAAAGACCUUCAGUUUUGAUUAUUCCUACUGGUCACACACCACGCCAGAAGAUUCCUGCUUUGCAUCACAGAAUCGUGUCUACAAUGACAUUGGAAAAGAAAUGCURGAGCAUGCUUUUGAGGGCUACAAUGUCUGCAUCUUUGCUUAUGGCCAGACUGGAGCUGGCAAAUCCUAUACUAUGAUGGGCAAACAGGAGGAGGGACAGGAAGGAAUCAUUCCCAUGCUCUGUGAAGAUCUGUUUGAGAAAAUCAAUGAGGACAGCAACAAAGAAGAGCUCUCKUAUUCAGUGGAGGUCAGUUACAUGGAGAUCUACUGUGAGCGGGUGCGAGAUUUGCUCAAUCCCAAAAACAAGGGGAACCUACGAGUGCGAGAGCAUCCACUGCUGGGUCCCUACGUCGAGGACCUGUCCAAGCUAGCUGUUACCUCCUACACAGACAUCGCCGACUUAAUGGAUGCAGGAAACAAGGCCAGAACUGUUGCCGCCACCAACAUGAAUGAGACCAGCAGCAGGUCCCACGCAGUUUUCACCAUCGUCUUCACGCAGAAGAAACAUGACAACGAGACGGACCUCACCACAGAAAAGGUCAGUAAAAUCAGUCUGGUAGAUUUGGCAGGAAGUGAACGUGCAGAUUCCACYGGCGCCAAAGGUACCAGGCUAAAGGAAGGAGCAAAUAUCAACAAAUCUCUCACCACGUUAGGAAAGGUGAUCUCUGCCUUGGCCGAAGUGGAUAACUGUACCAGCAAGAGCAAGAAGAAGAAAAAGACUGACUUCAUUCCUUACAGAGACUCUGUUCUGACCUGGUUGCUGAGGGAGAACCUUGGUGGAAACUCCAGAACAGCUAUGGUAGCUGCUCUCAGUCCGGCAGAUAUCAACUAUGAUGAAACUCUCAGUACUCUACGCUACGCUGACCGGGCAAAGAACAUCAAAUGCAAUGCUGUCAUCAAUGAAGAUCCCAAUAAUAAGUUGGUGCGUGAGCUGAAGGACGAAGUGGCUCGGCUGAAGGAGUUGCUCCGUGCUCAGGGACUGGGAGACAUCCUGGACAUUGAUCCUAUGGGGGAUGAUUACCCAGGAAGUGGAAUCAAAUGUGACAGUGCUCAAUGCCUUAGAAUGGCUCUUCUGAGUUCUCAAAGUGAGGCUCAGAGCUACAGACAGAAAGCCCCUAUUGGUUCCCUGACAGCCUCUCCGUCCUCUGGCGCUCUGUGCAGCCAGGGGGGUCUGCAGUCAGUCACCAGCAUCCAGGAGCGCAUCAUGUCCACACCUGGAGGGGAGGAGGCCAUUGAAAGACUCAAGGAGUCAGAAAAGAUCAUUGCUGAGCUCAAUGAAACCUGGGAGGAAAAACUACGGAAGACCGAGGCGAUCCGAAUGGAGAGAGAGGCUUUGCUGGCAGAGAUGGGUGUGGCGAUUCGUGAAGAUGGCGGCACUUUAGGCGUGUUCUCUCCUAAAAAGACUCCCCACUUGGUCAACCUGAACGAGGAUCCUCUCAUGUCGGAGUGUCUGCUUUACUACAUCAAAGAUGGGAUUACAAGAGUGGGUCAGGCUGAUGCUGAGAGAAGGCAGGACAUUGUUUUGAGUGGAGCUCACAUCAGAGAAGAACACUGCAUCUUCCGCAGCGAGAGGAACGCCAACGGAGACGUUAUUGUAAUGCUGGUGCCCUGUGAGGGAUCAGAAACCUACGUCAACGGAAAACGUGUCGAGGAUGCAAUCCAGCUUCGUUCAGGCAACCGGAUCAUUAUGGGAAAGAACCAUGUGUUCAGGUUUAACCACCCAGAGCAGGCCAGAGCUGAAAGAGAGAAAACUCCAACCGCUGAAACUCCUGUGGAGCCUGUGGAUUGGACGUUUGCUCAGAGAGAGCUGCUGGAGAAACAGGGUAUCGACAUGAAACAGGAAAUGGAAAAAAGGCUCACUGAGAUGGAAAUCUUAUACAAAAAGGAGAAGGAAGAAGCAGAUCAGCUUCUGGAACAGCAGCGACUGGAUGGAGACUCUGAUAGUGGGGAUGACUCUGAUAAGAGGUCUUGUGAGGAGAGCUGGAGACUGAUAACUUCUCUGAGGGAAAAGCUACCUCCCAGUAAGCUGCAGACCAUAGUAAAAAAGUGUGGCUUACCCAGCAGUGGGAAGAGAAGAGAGCCAGUUAAGAUGUACCAGAUCCCCCAGCGACGCCGCAUCACCAAGGACUCCAAGUGGGUGACCAUCUCUGACCUGAAGAUCCAGGCGGUCAAAGAGAUCUGUUAUGAAGUAGCACUAAACGACUUCCGCCACACAAGGCAGGAAAUUGAGGCGUUGGCUAUUGUGAAGAUGAAGGAGCUUUGUGCGAGCUAUGGCAAGAAGGACCCCAACGAGCGGGACUCGUGGAGGGCAGUGGCUCGAGACGUUUGGGACACGGUUGGAGUUGGUGAUGAGCGCAUCGAGGAUGUUAUCACGAAUGGGACUCGACCCGGAGGAGCCGUUAUGGAUGAUUUAAAAGUACACAUCGAUAAACUUGAAGACAUCCUGCAGGAGGUGAAGAAACAGAAUAACAUGAAGGAUGAGGAGAUUCGCGCGCUCAGGAACAAGAUGGUGAAAAUGGAAAAGGUUCUCCCCCUCAUCACCACAGAGGGCCAAGAAAAGCCCCCUCCUCCCAGCGUGGAUUCUCCAAGCAUGACCAGAACUCCUAGCCCUCGGGAACUAAAUUCUCCUGUGCCAGAAAAGGUUGACCAAGAGGAUGCGGAUUCACAAUCCAGCCAGAGUACAGAAGAUGACGCCACCUUAAAACGAGGCCACAUGCGCUGGAUGCGCCAAGAGCAGGUACGCCUCAAGAAUCUCCAGCAACAAGAGAUCUCCAAGCAGCUCCGCCGCCAUACCGGACCACACCGCUUUAUACCUCCAGAAGACCGCAAACUGCGCUUUCCUUUCAAAAGUAACCCCAAGCACCGCAACUCAUGGAGUCCGGGUACUCAUAUCAUAAUUACAGAUCAGCAAGUCGUAGAGCUAAAAGUGCCCAAAGAAGCUGUGGAGGAGGAAGAAAGAGAAAGCCAGACAGAAGAAGUUGUACAACCAAGAGAUAAUAUGGCUGCUUCGGUUAUCCACAUGACUCCUCCUCUGCCAGCCCCAGCAGCUCAGCGCAGAAGUAAAGACUUAGAGCAAGGCGUAAACCAGGGUCAUAGACAUAACUAUAGAAACAAUCAACACCAUCAGCCCCAUGAACGAGGCCGCAGCAACUCGUUCAAUCACCGUCAGCGACCUUCCAGCUCUGCUGAGUUACUGCAGCCGUCUGAAAACAGGAGGCACACACAAGCCUUCUACCAGCCCCGUCACCACCAGAACCAGCCAGUGCUCCCAUCGUCUCACUACCAACACCAGCCGUGUCACUACAGUAACAUGAUGUACACAGAAGGUGGCUUCCAGCAGUACCAUCGCACUGACCAUGCUAACCCUCCAGUCAAAUUUCAGGCGCCUCCGCAAAUGCGUAGGCAAAUGUCCGCUCCUAAUCUAAAAGCCAGCAGAGAGACAGCAGUUUGAUUUUCUUUUUUUUUUUUUUAAUUAUUAUUGUUUUUGGAGUGAAGAACUAGUUUCAGACACUUUGACUUGACAAACACAUUACAGAUCACAACAGCAAAACUGACUGUGGCUAUGCACUCGAUCUGUGUGUUACUGGUUUAAUUAUUGUAUGUACUGUUUGAAACAAAAAGACAUUUCACAUCAUCGCCAUGAUAUUCCUCAUUUUAUCAGUUUUUGCUACGGUGUGUGUGUUUUGUCAUCAGUAGCAUUGGGGGAGUCAUCAUAAGGAUUUAAAGCCAGCAGAUGAUCAGAGAGGAAAGGUUUUUUUUUUUUUUGUCUUUUGUGCAAGAGAGAAAAUGUCACGCCUGUUUAUCAGCAUGUGCGACAAUUCAUGAAUCAUGCUUUGAUUUGCCAAAUUCUGCUAAAGGUUGAAUUUUUUUUUAAGUUUACAUUUUUACCAUUUUAGUAUUGAGUGAUGAUUAUUGAUGAAUGUUUCAAGCCACUACAUUAUGACCUGCCGUUGCCCAAGUGUGAAACCGAAAACGGCUCAUAUUUAUUUUUCUGUUUAUCUUGAACUGAAUGUUAGGUUGAGAGAACACAUACUUGUGGCAGCAUCUAUUAUUGUAUCUCAUAAAAGCAUCAUUCAUAUAUCAUCAUUGGCCUUAAUUAGCAAUCAAAAGUUAUUUUUAAACUUGUAUUGGAAGUAACUUGAAGCAACUAUUGUGUUUUUUUUAAACUGAGACUGAAAUAAUGGUAACUUUAAAAGGUAUUAAAGUGCUUUAUAGUGCACUCACUUUAAUAAUGAGACUUUCAGUUGUUUCUUUGUGUGAGCAGGGCUUCAGCUUAAUUUUGUGCAGAAAAAAAAAAAUCAUAGCACCAAAAUUGUCUUUUUAUAACAUACUGAUUCACUGAAACCGUCUAAGGUAACUGCUUUGUUCCUUUAUUGUUUAUUUCUUUUUAUGCAUUGAUUAGGUUUAAAUCUGUAACUGCCACUACUUGUGUUACAGCAGUUUGCACUUAAGUCAUGGGUAAGCUGAUGAAUUAGCCUGGGAGCACACUAAUGGUGACUUUACACUUCACUUGAUUCCUUAAGUUUUUAAACCCCACCCACAAGGUUAUUUUUCUUGACGAGAGUUAUCUUUGAGUCCUCACUUGGAGUUCUGUGAACCAYUGAACAGAAACAUGCAAGGACACUGAAAUAUCUCACAUUUCAAAGGAAAUUGCAACUCUAAAAGUUACUUUGUAAAGUCUAGACAUUUCAGAAGAAAUUUUUUUGUAUCAAAGUAACACAUUAGACUGACCAGUGAUUUUGAUUUGAUUUUUAAAUGAGUUUUGUGGUUCAUCAAAUAAGCACAGAACUCUGUGUGUUUAAUGGAUUCCCACUGGGCAUUGCCAUGGUUUCCAAAGUCUGGCCUUAAAAAAAUGUUGGAAGAGAGACAAAGACUCAAAAUGUUUGCAUAAUUGUUAUUCAGGAGAAAUAUCCAUAUCAAAAGACAUUUUGAGAACUGCCUUGUAUUAGCUUAGUACAGUCAACUUGAAAAUAGAGUGUUUGUACAUAGACUCAGCUACCUGUGUAUUUUUGUGUUUUAGCUGAUGUUUUUGGUUUAGCAGCAAGCUAACCUUUUUUUUUUUCUUGCUGCACUUGUUGCUUUAAAAAUCCCAUGAACCAUUGCUACUUAACUACAGGUGUCCUUCAGAAAAUUCAGCCACAUGGGAGAGGCCUUUUCAAAACUAUCAAAAUGUUAAUGGAGUGAUAAACAUAYAUAUAGUUUUAUACUUUUAUGUUCUGACCGUAUAUAAAUAUAUAUUCUGCCUAACUAUGCCACUUUGACUAUCCUUGCAUGCAAAAGCUUAUGUUUUUUCAGCCUUAAUAAUCGCUCCUUUAACAAAUGUGAUGUAGCUUUUGCAACCGGGUAAGCUGGAAAGUAUACCCUAUAAAAUGAACUGUUGUACAGUCCAGUGUUGUUUUGACAAAUCCAUAUACCUGUCAGGUUUCAAAUCAUCGUCUAAGUGUUGUAAGUCUGUCUUUUGAACCAACAGUGUGUGUGUUUCGUUUAGUAUUUCAAUUUUUUUUGUUGUGUACAAAGUUGUGCUGCUUCUUUAUCGAGCAUUUUGUCCAAACAUAUUUGAAAGAGUAUUAUUUUACACAUUUAAAGGACAAGUGAAAGGAUAUAGCACAUUUAAGUGUUGCUGGAGGUUUGUUUUCGAGAACAUGACUGAAAUAAAGUGACCUGCUUCAUGUGCAGUUAUUUGUACCUAA